AUGACAUUUUCUCGGGAAAACAUGAACUCCCCUUCAUCACCAAACACAAGCUUCGACUUAGCCAGCAAAAUCAGCCCAGACAUCCUCCUUAUAAUCAUAAUCAUUUCCAUGAUCUUCUUCAUUUCCGGUCUCAUCCAUAUCCUCCUCAAGUUCCUCUUCACACCGUCAACCCAAAACAGGGAAGAUUACAUCGACAACAACGUCACAGCUCUUCAAGGCCAGCUUCAGCAACUCUUCCACCUCCACGAUUAUGGCGUCGACCAAUCAUUAAUCGACACGUUACCUGUUUUUCAUUACAAGUCCAUCGUAGGUCUCAAGAUUUCAUCAUUCGACUGUCCUGUUUGUCUAUGUGAGUUCGAAACAGAGGACAAGCUUAGACUCUUGCCUAAAUGCAGCCACGCCUUUCACGUUGACUGUAUCGACACGUGGCUUCUCUCUCACUCCACAUGUCCACUUUGCAGAUCCAAUCUCCUUCUCUCUGAUUUCUCAUCUCAUCACAGUUCAUAUCUUCUUGUUCUUGAGUCGGCGAGUGGUCGAAGCUCGAGAGACAUGGUUCCUGUUCCUGAGGCUAAUGAUCUUGGGUCGACCCAUUUCGGGUCGGGGCGUACAUCAUGCGACCCGGGUGGUGAAUUGGAUGGUUUAGAUGGAAAGGUUAUUCCUUUAGGUGUAAAGCUAGGGAAGUUUAGGAACAUGGAUCAUGUUGGUGAAGGAAGUAACGACAAGAAUAGUAUUAGUGGUAAUAGCAGUGUAGAUGAAAGGAGGUGUUUUUCAAUGGGAUCAUAUGAGUAUAUUAUAGACCAAGAAGCUACACUCAAGGUCCACGUUACGACCAAGAAACAAUCCGACAAAGACGGUUGCUUGUCUGGUCAUAGGGAAGUUAUGUCGGAAUGCGGUUUUGAUCGUAGGGUUAAGGGAAUUGGGAAAAGUGUUAUGGAAAGAGAGAGCUUUUCUUUGUCGAAAAUUUGGCUAAGAGGUAAAAAGGAGAAGCAAAAGGGUAAUAGUGUUAGAGAUCAGGAAUGCUCCUCGUUGUCUUCAUCUUCAAUCCAAUUUCAAAACCAAAGCAAUCUUCCAGAGAUGAAGAAUGGGAUCGAUGAAGAGAAUCAAAAUUCAGAAUCUUUGGGGACGAAAACGCCAUCUUUUGCUAGGAGGACCAUGCUUUGGCUUGCAGGGAGACAAAACAAAGUUGUUCAUCCUUCAACAUCCGGCCAUGUCUAA